AUGUUGAGGCUUCGUAUCAUUAUUUUUGCUGUUUUAAUUUUUUGUGUUAUUUCGGGGCCAUUAAUCCCAAAAGAGGUAGGUCACAAAUGUGUGAUGUCUACGAUGCCAAUUCAGGGAAAUGAAACAGUAAAAUCGAAUCGUCCUGAUCACUUGAAAGCGGUACCAUUAGAAAGAGACGGAGAACUCAAUAAAGAUUUGAGGAAAGAAUUACUUUUGAGCAAAGAAAAUGGGGGAGAUAAACAUGAAGACUCGAAUUUGUCAACAAAAGAACUGAUAGAACUCAUGUUCAGACAGUAAGUUGCGGAAGAUUAAUGUCUCAUUUGGAGUUUAGAUCAGACACAAACAAGGAUGGAAAAUUGAGUCAGGAUGAAUUGUUCAGGAAGGUCAAGAAGAAUAUCCGGUCUCAUUUGGAUGAAGGAAAAAAGGAGUCCAAUAAACUUUUUCAACUGAUUGACAAAAAUGCAAAUGGAUUGGUCGACUGGGAUGAAUAUAAGAACCAUUUCAUGGUCAAGAAGAACAUGGCUUCUCAGGAACAUGUAGAGGAUCAUCAAGAUCACGAUAAUCAUUUGGAUUCGGAUUGUACGUCCUUAUAUUUGCUAUCGGUUUUUUUACAUUGAUCACUUGGACAUUUCAGCGAGGUUCGCGUUGGAUCAAGAGAAGUAUUCGUUUAAGCAAGCAGAUGCUGAUGGAGAUGGUUUAGAUGAAAUGGAAUGGCUCUCUUAUCAACACCCGGAGAACUCCAAAUUGCAACUUAAUGAACUGGCUCAAAGCAUCUUGAAAUCGUUAGGUAAAUUUAAAAAUUUUUAAAUUAGAUUUAUCGUUUUAGAUACUGAUAAGAACGGAUAUUUGGAUGCCGAUGAAUUUGCGCAAGUGCCUCCAGGUGUUGUGGAAGGAGAAAACACUGACCGCGACUAUCAAAAUGAACGACGAAAAGAGUUUGAGGACUUGAUUGAUCAGGACAAAGAUGGAAAAGUAAUGAAAUUCGAAUUGGUCGAGUAUCUGAAUCCUCUGAGCGAUGCCAGACUCAGCGAAGAGGUUAAGGAGAUCUUUGUUCUAGCUGAUCAUGAUGAUGACGGCUUUUUAACCUUGAAGGAGUUGAUGGAUAAUUCCGAAUCACUCGCUUUAAGUAGUUUUAUCCGGCCGAAGAUGAGGUUACAUGAUGAUUUAUAA